GUGCUGGUCCUGCUGUGGCUGGUUGAACACGUGGUCCUGGUGGACAUGAUGCUCAUGCUGCUGGCGAAGACCUUGGUCAUGAUGGCCCUGUCCAUGAAUAGGAUGUUCAUCGUUGCCGUCCUGCGGGUACUGCUGGUACUGAAAUUGCAUCUGCUGGUGCGGAACAUCCUGCAUCUCCAUGUCGAUAUGCAUCUGCUGCUCGGAAUACUGAGGUAUCUGAUUGUCCUGAUGCUCCUGUCCUUCAUGCUCUUGAAGAAACAUCGCAGGGUCAUCAUGCUCGGCAGGGGGUCCGAAAACCGGGCCAUAGUCAGGGUACACAAGGCUGAAGCCAUCCUUGAUCAGGUUAUUGAUCUUUCCGGCGUGGCCUGGCUGAAAGUUCAUGGAGCUAGCCUGGGACUCGUAGAUGUAGUCGGGAAGAAAGUUGCUGACAUUCGGAUGCUCGGAAUUGCCUGCGAGAGCAUUGCUGGAUACCUCGAGAGAGUCCUGAGCCGGCUGAACAGCAAUGAUAGACUGGCUCUCGAGAUCGGGGUCGAUAGGAAUGUAAUGACUACCUUGGAUGGCAUCAUGCUGGUGCUGCUGAACAGCUGGUCCAUCGAAGGCGUUCUCGGCUUGCUGGGGAGACAUGACGUUCAAGUCCAGGUGCUCGGCGUAGAACGGGUUCUCGUUGUAGUCGUUGUCGUUAAGACGGGGAUCCUCGAAAGCAUUGUGGACCGACUGGACAGAGCUGGCGUGAGCAUCUUGGUCCUGGUGGUCGGAUUGGACUUGCUCUUCGCCUGUCAUGAGUCUUCUCGAAGCGAAGAGGUUGUCGAGAACGACUUCCGGGUAGGCGAGCUCGGACCUGUAUGUCUCUGGUUAGAAGAUGUAAAGGAAGGCUUGGGUUAUACUUACGGCAUGUAGUAAAGGCUGCCGACCAUUCGGUUACGCUCGGCCCAGUAGUACUCCAGGCGCUGGCG